UCGCAGCCGGGCGUCGUUGUCUGCAAGAAAGGCCCCGAGAGCGAACCUGUAGAGAUUAGUUUGAGCCGUCAAAUUGACGGGAUCUUCACCACGAAGGAGAAGGUGCAGCGGAUGAUGACGGACCAUAUCGAGACGCUGUCCCCUCCUGUCCGCAACACCGAGAAAAUUGCGCAGAUGUACCACAACAUCAGGCCCUACGUUCCUGCUGAAUUUCAGAGCGAUCCCCUCUACGCCAAGCCUAGCGAGCAGGAAGGAGAAGAUGCCAAGUCACGGAAACAAGCACGACGUGAGCAUCGCGCGGCAAUGGCCGUGGCGGCUAAGGCUAACCAAGACCAGCGUGGUAUCACGGAGGCUGUUGCGACGAAAAAGAACCCAGCAAAGAAGAGGGCUACUGCAGCAAAGAAGACGCAAAAGAACAAGAAGCACAAAGCUACUGCGGAUCUGCCUGCUGAGCAAGAAUAG